AUGGCCCAUCCUUCUGAGGUGCCGUACGUCCAGCAAGACGUCGCCGUCGACGCCGCCCGCACCAAGCGCAAGUUCUUGGUCCACUUGGUCCUGAUCGUGCUCUUGGUGAUCAACGUGAUCGUGCUGUACGUGCUCCACUUCAACGACUCGGCCCGGUCGGGCGUCAAGGUGACGGCCGACACGUUUGCCGCGAACGGCGACAUUGCGAGCAAGGUGGUGAGCUUCACCCCCGCCGGCGCCAUCCGCGCUGGUGCCGGCACCACUGCGUACUUGGACGCGGCCCCGUUGCCGGCGGACGAGUUGGCGUACAUGUCGUUGGCCCGCAGCGGCGUCGAGAACUCGAACACGGCGAUCCUGUCGUACUUUUUGAAGAACAAGACGACGUCCGUAUUGACGACCGUGACGGUGGGCAAGGACAACUCGGCCAAGGUCGCGGACGUGGCCAAGGACAACAGCUUGGCGGGGGUCCAGAUCCGCGGCAUCGCCACGUUGAGCAACUCGCAGGCGGUGAUCUUGCAGUCGACGUCGUUGGGCGUCGUGCACGUGUUGCCGGUGUCGAUCGCGGCGGACAAGGCGUUGGCAGUGCAAGCGGCGCAAAAGGUGCAGCUCGCGAACGGGUCCGUGUCCAACACGCUCGGCCGCAUCUCGGCGACGCAAUUCGCCGCCACGACCUUCGAAACGUACGUUGUGAACGGGUCGUGGUACCAGAACAUUCACGUCGGGUCCGUGGCGGCGGACGGCGCGAUCUCGGUGUCGGCGCCACUGCGCUUUGGUGUCGCCAACAACUACGACGGGUCGGACUCGUGCACCAACUCGAAGCCCCAAGCGAUCGCGGCGCUCCCCGGCGCGUUUGUCGUGACGUGGUUCAACUCGAACCCGGUCAACAAGUCGGGUCUGUGCGUGCUCCUGGCCGUCACAAACGCGACGGGCGUGUUCCAGCUCGGCGAAGUGUGCAACAAGAACUACCAGCCGGCGUACUUUUUGGACUCGACGGCGCUCUCGGACAACUUGAUCGCGCUCUCGUUCUACGACAAGGCCAACAACAACGCGCUGACGAUUGCGACGGUGGCGGUCACGUCGUCGAGCAAGAUUGUGUUUCGUGGCGACUACGUCGUGCAGUCGGUCGCGGGUGCGUUUGACUUUGGCACGUUCUACGGGUGGUCGCCCAAGCCGAGCGUGCACUUGGUCAGCGCGGAUCGCCUCGCGCUGCUCUUCCUCAACCCAAACAACUACGGUCGCCCGACGACCCAAGUGUUCAAGGUCACCGACUCGUUCUCGCUCGUCCCCGUGACGCCGUUGAUGCGCAUCUCGAACGGCGACUUUACACUGGUUGGCCAGACGGCGGCGCCGGCCUCUGGCGCGGUCACGCUGGACAUCGUGCCGGUCUCGAACUCGAGCUUCCUCGCCGUGUACUCGGGCACGUUGGACAAGGUCCAGCACAAGCGCGUGGCGGUCGUGGAGUUCCUCGGUGCGCCAGUCGGUGUCGGGUCUGGCUCGAACGGCGUCGUGUUUGGCGGCGAGGUCAAGAUUGCCAACGCCGACUUUACGGUCGGCAAGGAGUACUUUACCACGACCAAGGGCGACAUCUUGGCCGCGACUGCCUCGGACGUCGGUGCCGAGUACUACUUUUUGGGCAACACGACCGUCGUGUCCAAGGACUCGCGCGUCGGGAUCGCCGUCUCCAAGGACUCCAUCUACGUCUCCCAGUCGGCCUAAGCGGGUUUGAAGCCCACCGUUUGUAUCUAACACGUUUUCAUCCACGACAA